GGAGCCACACCGCAGCGCAGAAAGAACAGACCGCGACUGACGAUUAGAUGCGCGAGUUUGAUUCUCAAAACAACCGGUUUUUUCUUCAGUUAGAAGAGUUUGUUUUUCUUUCGAACUAAAAUCCACGCUUUGUUUUAGAGACAGACAGAAAACGGACCUCAUGGAAAUCAAAACUAUCCUGUUUUUAAUCCUAAAUGCGCACACAUGCACUGCCAUCUUCAACGUUAGUGCUGAAGACAGUUUAUCUGAAACUGCAACAGCUGUUCAGCCAGUUUCUCAUCAUCCUAAGAAACACAGAAAAGUACAGCACUUAAUGAAAUAUGUGACCCUGGACAACAAAACCAGUCAUAAAGCCACUGGUCGCAGUUUUGCUAUUCAAACUGACUAUGAAACCCAGACUGAUGAGCCGAUUGACUUCAAUAUGAACGAGACGUGGUCCGACUCUUCCUUAACGCCAAAUAAAACCCAUGAAGAGGAAUCCCGGUCUAGUAAAGGUGCACAUCCAUGUAACGUCACUGAUCUAAAUAUAGCAAAAUGCAAGGGGACAACCAUGACAUUUAAGAUCUCAGACAAGGCUGCUGACUUCCUCAAAGGCCCACUGUUCACACGCGUCAUGCCCUCAUUCUACAUCUUCAUCAUCAUCAUUAGUUUGCCUCUAAAUGCUUUGGCCCUUGUGACUUUCACCUGUAAAAUUCGAGCAAAGAAACCAGCUGUGAUCUACAUGUCUCACCUGGCGUGUGUGGACCUGCUCUUCACCCUGCUGCUGCCUCUGAAGAUCCACUACCAGCUGAACGCCUCAGACUGGGUGUUUGGUGAGGCGGUGUGUCGUGCACUCAGUGCAGCUUACUACUGCUACAUGUACUGCUCCAUACUGCUGAUGAUGUGCAUGAGCGUGGACAGGCUGCUGGCCAUAGUGUUUCCUGUCGCCUCUCUGACCUGGAGGACCACAAGGAACGCCACAUUCAUAUGCACAUUAGUCUGGCUGCUGGCGCUCGGUGGUACAGUGCCACUUCUCUUAAUGAAACAAACAUUCAAGAUUAAGGAUGUUGGCGUCACCUGUCAUGAUGCGCUGAUAUAUGACAGCGGUGCAAAUUGGCUGUACAUGUAUUUGUUCUCUGUCCUCUCCUGCCUCUACUACUUUGUGCCACUUGUGGUCACCUUAGUGAGCUACUGCAUCAUCAUAUAUGUGCUCCAUUCCAAAUCGAAUGAAUUUUUGAAUAAAUUAUCAUCACUCAAAGACAAGCGAAGGAGAGCUAUGAUUAUGGCUGUAGCUGUGAUGAUGGUGUUUGUGAUGUGCUUUGCACCAACCAAUGGCAUCCUGUUGUACCACUGUCUUCUUUUAGCUACUGGAUUUAAAAGAGGGGAGGCAGAUUCAUCAUACAUGGUUUACCUGUUGGCUGUGUGUUUGGGGAGCUCAAGUGUUUUUCUGGACCCUCUUCUGUACUACUACGGCUCGUCUCAGUGCAGACAGAAGAUCAGCUCUGUGUUUUGGUGGAGAUCGAGAAAGACCACCUUAUCAAAUUCAGACAGUCAGACAAAAUCCUCAUUUGUGAGUUAUGAGUACAGUCAGGCGCGCGUUAAGAUGUGAAUUGUUUAGAAAAAGAGCUGAUGAAAUUUUAACAAUUGUAUAUUCUUUAUUGUUUAAACUGCUGUCCAUUGUCAGUAGAUUUUAUUUAAAAUUAUCUCUAUUCCAUGCUGUUAAUUUUAAAAUCCAGGGUCAAACUGACCCAACCUAUUCACCGCUCAAGAGACUCCAUUUCCUGUUUGUGACUAAGCGUGUGGAAAAACACUGUUACUGAAAGCAUUUUAAAUGGCCCUGUUCAGAUCACAUUUUUAGAGAUUUCAGGCUGAAAAGUGGAAGUAAAUUGGCAGUAAAACUGUCUAAUAUUUUAUAGCAGGCACUUUAAAAAAAAAAACCAUAUAUGCUAUUUUUGAAUCAUUUAUUUGAUAAACUUAUAUCUGUUCGAUUUUGAUUGCGAGACAAUUCCAAAAUCAUACAAAUAAGCACUUAGACUAUUAUUUGUACAAAUUAAUAGAUAAUAAAACAUCAUGUUUUAAUAUUUUCUGAAAUAUUGAACAGCAUAAUCAGCACUUUCUAAAAGCUAAACACCUAUUUUCACUUAAGUAUUUGUUUGGAAAGAAAAAACAUUUCAACCUCUAUUUAGUUAUAUUUAGUUUAUAUAUGGAAAAAUGCACAAAUAGUCAAAAUACCACAAAUAUAGAAGCAGUCAAAACCAUGACUGAAGAACAUUUUAAGCUUCAAUCACUGUAAUUCAUCACAUGCAUAUUAUCUGUAUAUAUUAUCAGACUUUGUUCUUUAUUCAGUUAACCUAUUUUGCUUUACAUGUUCACUACACUAUAUUACAUAUUGUGUAUAUAUUUCUGCACAAUCAUAUGUGCACACAUAAAUAAUAUAUGUAAAUUGUUUUAUAACUGAACUGAACGUAUAUAUUUGCAAAAUGAGAACUAGUUGUCAGACAAGCUUAUUAUGUUCUCAGACUUUUAAGUUCUGGUCUCAAAACUGUAAUGAAAUUUUGAUUGGAGUAAAAAGUGUAUCAACUUGCCCUGGUCUCCCCUAUAUUGUAGCACUGAAGUAUCUACAUUUCUCAGGUCCAAGUGGCAAAACUGAAAUGCUAAAUUCUUGUCUUACAGCAGAGGUGAGUUCGCCUAGUCGUGUUUUUCUGUUGCAUUAGAUUUAUCUGAUGUACAGAGAAGCAUAAUUUCCCCAUUCCAUAAAUAUUUUCAGAUCUGAUCCUCUGAACAACAGUUAUAAGCACCUCAUUUCAAACAUAUUCAGUUAUGUAGUUUAUAUAAUUCACUGUAAGAAAUAUAUACCAAAAUAACAGGUACUGUUGUAUGGCACCUUUUUAUAUUUGCUGUAUUUGCAUACCAGACCAAAGCUUCAAAGUUUGACAGUGUAGAAAAUGUAUAUCAUAAGUCACUCUGCAUUUAUAACCUAAUGAAUAAAAACAAAAAAAAUUCUGAAGCCUGUA